CGGCGAGCACUCUGUCUGUCUCAGUGGACGAACUCCUCUGCUGCCAGCUGGGAGGUGCUGCUGUCGCUGUCGCCGCUGCUUGUCUCACAGAUCCUUGCUGGCACAUUACUGAAUAUUUUUGUUGAACCUGCUUAAGAAUUCAGAGAAACUGUUGAGUGGCCACUGGAGRAAAGAUCUGAUCUUAUACCUGGCGCAUAUCCUGUUCACAUUAGAACAAUGUCCUACGUUUUUGUAAAUGAUUCUUCUCAAACUAAUGUGCCCUUGCUACAAGCCUGUAUUGAUGGAGACUUUAACUAUUCUAAACGGCUUCUGGAAAGUGGCUUUGACCCAAAUAUCCGUGACAGCAGGGGCAGGACAGGCCUUCACCUUGCAGCAGCCCGAGGGAAUGUAGACAUCUGCCAGCUGUUGCAUAAAUUUGGUGCUGACCUUCUAGCCACAGAUUACCAAGGAAACACAGCUCUUCAUCUCUGUGGCCAUGUGGAUACCAUCCAAUUCUUAGUUUCCAAUGGACUCAAAAUUGAUAUAUGCAAUCAUCAAGGUGCUACUCCUUUAGUUCUGGCAAAGCGCAGGGGAGUGAAUAAAGAUGUCAUCCGAUUGCUGGAAUCUUUGGAAGAACAGGAAGUAAAAGGAUUUAACAGAGGAACCCACUCAAAACUGGAGACCAUGCAGACAGCUGAGAGUGAAAGUGCCAUGGAAAGCCAUUCUCUCCUCAAUCCCAACCUACAGCAAGGUGAAGGAGUCCUUUCCAGCUUUCGAACCACRUGGCAGGAGUUCGUAGAGGAUCUGGGCUUCUGGAGGGUCCUGCUCCUGAUCUUUGUCAUUGCUUUACUGUCUCUUGGCAUUGCCUACUAUGUGAGCGGAGUGCUACCCUUUGUGGAAAACCAGCCUGAACUGGUGCAUUAAAGGAGCUCAAGGAGAUGAGGCAAAUGAUUAUUUCUUGGCUCCC